AUGCUCCAGCGGAUGCCUGCUGCCAAGAUGAUCAUGUACUUCCUGGACAUGCACGCAGACCUUCCACAUCCAUCUCAGGCCGAGCUGACUUCGACGCUCAGCCAAGCGGAGACGGCGGAGAUUGUUUUGCACGAAACCGUGAAGAAGCUUCUCCGUCUGGGCAUCGCUUGCAAGCAGUGUCCCGUUCCACAGAAGUGGAUUGGCAGCUCCGUGGCCUUGGGCUAUGAUGUGGGGCAGUUGCCCACUCGCGAAAAUGCCGAGGAGCAGCUGAGAAAGCAGACCAUCGUCUCCAUUUUCGACUGGGGCAGGUCCGAGCUCAACACCAUCCAGAAGCAUGGAGCGCUCUCGGAUAGCGCACAGGCAGACAGAGCACAGUAUUGGUCUUACUAUACUGGCGGCAUCUACCGCCUUGGUUGGGAGGUGUUCCCGCCAUUCAUCCGAAAGUCGCUGCUACAUCCUGAGGAUCCCUACAUAGGUGAGGAGGCGCAGGCGCCACAGCGAGCGUGUGGACCAGCAACGAGUCCCUUUGACUUCCGCACGGGCUCAUGGGCCGACGUAGAGAUGAUGUGGGCCUACAUCUUCUACCAGGAGCUUCGCGUGGCGCCGGAGGAUCAUGCCCUACUUGUGACAGAAGCUCCACUCAACCAACCGGCUGACAGAGAACGCUUGGUGCAGCUGAUGUUCGAGUAUUUCAACGUGCGCGCCCUGUACCUUGCUCUCCCGGAAGUUCUUUCACUGUAUGCUUCUGGCCGCACUGCAGGCGCACGUAGCACGUGUGAUCAAGAGUGA